AUGGUCCCUCUCGUCACGACGGAACGAAUCCUCGCUGCCUUCGAGGUAGUGCCUGCUUCGCGGCGUCAGGAACUGGAGCUUCCUGCGACGCUGGAACUCAAUGGGCCGAUCGCGCACGACCAGAUCCUCCGCUUGUCAAAGUACCUCCAGGUCGAUGCCGAAUACACCGCAACACAGGACACAAGUCGCAGCCCUACGAUCCUAAGUGGUCUUCUUUGUGGCACGAAAGUCUACGUCCCGCCUCCGCCGAAGAAACCCGAGCCUAGCCCUGAAUAUCUUGCAUCUAAAGCCCGUCUCCUCGCCGCCGAAGAAAAAGCCGCCUACCAGCGCCUCCUAAACCCAAGCUUUAUCCCCAAUCCGAACGACGCGGACAGACACACUGCGACCAGCAAUGAGAGCAUCACUGAAGACACGCUCACGCCGUCAUUGGUGUUCAACAUCUUUAUCUCGGUGCUGGUGACCGGAUUCAGCACGUAUUGGGCCUUGACGAAGUUUACAAUGCCGAAUAUCCUAGCGAGGAUAUUCUCUUCAGCGACGGGGCCGCGACUUGAUAUAUUGUCUGAAGAGCAGGCGACUGGCGGCGCGUCGGCGGCUGUCAAGGUUCUAUUGUCGCUGUUCGCGGCGUUGACGGUCGCUGUUGCUGAGUCGUUCUUGUAUGUGGCGUAUGUGGGGAAGAUUGAGAGGGCUCGAGUAGAGGAGAGAAAGUUUAAGGAGCGCAAGACUGUUGUUGGGGAGGUACAGGAUGGUGGACAGGUUGAGAAUACCGAAGAGUACGAGGAAGUUGAGAUUUGGGGUAAAGGCGUGAAUGGAGGUGUAAGACGAAGGGUCAGGGAGAAGUACGAGAAGGAAAAAGAGCAGUCAUGA